UGACAGCAGUUCACAGUUACAUCUACGUGAUUUUGGCGUUGACUGAAGCAUUGAGUAACUUAAAUACGAAGUAUAGUUACUACUCAAUGAUUGAAAUCACUGAAUUCGUUGACAGUUGACUGAAGCGUUCUUAACGACUGAAGUUACUGAGAAUAUGAAGUAUAGUUACUUAAUGAUUGAAGUCACUGAAUUCAUUGACUGAAGUACGAUCUUCAGUCAAUGAUUUCAAUCACAUGUCACAUGUAGAUCACGUGUAGAAUCACGUGGUCGUCUAUUAAAUGGCCACCGUGGAUCAAAGCAUAUACAUACAUAUGUAUAAUAGCAAUGGCUUGGUGUAUGAUGUUAAACUUCACUCUGCUGUUCUAAUAUCCUCUUGAAACAAAUAUGUCAAGUGGUGUCCAGCCGGCUAAAGCAAAAAUCCCUGUGAUACCGGGAACGAAACCAUCGAUACAAAACGCCCAGCUUCUUGUAUCAACAGGCGUACCUUCCUUGGAUCAUGUAGUUGGAGGAGGUUUGCCUGUAGGGACAAUCAUCCUUAUAGAGGAAGAUAUGUAUGGCAGCUAUGGUAGGAUACUGUUGAAGUAUUUUAUGGCUGAAGGUGUGGUAUCCUCCCACUCUUUAUUCUUGGCUUCGCAGAGCUCCAAACCAGCACAAUUAUUGUCAGAAUUACCAGCUGUUACAACGAAUUCUGUAGCAUGUCCCACAGGUCCAGACGAGCAGAUGAAAAUAGCGUGGCGAUACCAAAAUAUGAAAAUAAUGGAGAGUUCGCCUAGCGCAGGACAGACCUUUGGACACUAUUAUGAUCUCACUAAAACUAUGAAUAAAGAAUUAAUAGAAAAAGUUAACGUAAAAAUCUGGGAUGGAGAGACGUUGAAAUACAGAGCAGAAUCUUUUGAAAACCCUGCAUACAUAGAUCUACUAAAGAAUAUUCAGGAAACUAUGAAAGAUGGAAAAUUUCUACUCUCUAGUGAACCAGAAAAGAGAAAUAUUCUUCGGAUAGCCAUUCACGCUUUGGGGUCGAGACUCUGGCUGAAUGACAAAGAAGAAUCAACCAGCAGAGAUAUCCUAAAAUUUUUUUACUGCCUCAAAUCCCUUUUAAGAAACGCUUACGCAGUUGCAAUGGUUACUGUACCGACACAUCACUUCAAUAAUGCCGAUGCGUUAGUUGAGCGGAUAGAACACUUAUCUGACACAGCCGUCAGACUCGAAUCGUUUGCCGGAUCGGCCAAGGGAACAAAUCCUGUAUUCAGCGACUAUCAUGGCUUAUUGCACAUUCGGAAGUUAGCAGCAUUAAAUUCGUUAGCACCUCAUUUUCCCGAAUCUAUGGACCUUGCAUUCAAAUUACGCCGCAAAAAAUUGAUGAUUGAGGUACUUCACUUGCCUCCGGAAUUACCUGGUACCGAACAAAGAGAACAGGACGAGGUGUUGCCUUUGGCUGGAGGUUGCGGCGGAAAAUCUGGAAAAAACCAACUUGAUUUUUAAUUGUAACUUCAUUUCGAAUAUUGCAUGGAAGUGUUAGCAUGGUAGCACUAUUAACGCAUUUCCGAAUGUGAAUACUUAUUUCGUAAAAUGCCGCAAUAUUUAUUAUCUAACUAUGCUGUUGAUGUAUAUUUAUUGCGCAAAUACCAUGACGUGAAAUGGAAGAUCGAUCGCCCCGAGAGUUAGAUGUUCUGCGAAAUGCUGUAUUUCAAAAAAAAGUUCUUUCUCGUUUCUAAUUGAAAGACUAAUGAACUUAUCAGUGUACUUGUUUUGUAACAGCUCUAUAAUAUGAGAAUGCAGGUUGCAGUUUUGAUAAAAGCUUAAACUGUACUUAUGUUAAAGAAUGAAACGAUGAAAUAAAGUACGAAGGAAUGA